ACAACUUUUCCCUCUGACAUACCCAUCCCUACCGACGAUGGAGCUUGCGAUCACCUUAGAGGCAUGACUAUGCCGCCUCUUUCCCUCCCAGCUACCGAUGAAUCCACUGUCAAAGUCUCUGCUUUGCAAGGUCUGGUAAUUAUCUUCUGCUACCCUCGCACCGGUGCUCCAGGCGAAACAAUCCCAGACGCUUGGAACUCUAUCCCCGGAGCCCGUGGCUGCACUCCUCAAGCCUGCUCAUUCAGAGACACACAGAAAGAACUCAAAACUGCAGGUGUGAACAAGAUCUUCGGUUUGAGCACUCAGUCUACGCCUUACCAGCAAGAAGUAAAGACGAGGCUGAACCUGCCCUACGAAUUGCUCAGUGAUGAAAAGUUGGACUUUGUCGAGGCACUGGGUUUGCCAACCAUUGACUGGGAAGGCAGGAAACUCACCAAAAGAAUCACUCUUGCAAUGAUGCAAGGCAAGAUUGUCAAAGUCUGGUAUCCUGUCUUCCCGCCAGACAAGAGUGCUCAGCAGGUCCUGGACUGGUUGGAAAAGGGGAAAACUCCUGGACACAGUUGGAAAUUUGAAGGUAAUCGUCGCAUGUCGGUUACAUGA